GCGUGCACAUGCAAGUAACUAUUUGCAAGCACAUAAAUCUGUCGUUCAUUCGAUUGAUGCUUGUGCAACACAAGAGAGGGAACAAAUUUUCGUAGUCGAAAGAUGUAAUCCUCAAAGAGCUCCUUCCGGAAGUGCUGCGGAUGCUUUUUUUUUUUCUUUCCCUCGAGUUUUUGAGUCCCACCACAGAUGAGUUGUUUUCCUAUAGUUUUUAUCCGAAUUCCCAACGGACUUGUUGCACCCCAUCAUCCAACCUGCUGCGUAUCGCAGUUAUCUCUUGGGGUGCCGGAGCGGGUGGAAUGCUUCGAGGCGAAGGAAUUCCUGCCAAACCGUCUCCCUAUAUAAAUCCCCCUUUUCUCUCCAUCCAAAGCGAAAACCAGAAGAGAGCAUAUAUAUAUAUAUAUAUAUAUAGAGAGAGAGAGAGAGAGAGAGAGAGCGAUCGAUUGAUCGAUCGAUGGAGAUGGGAACGGGCCGCGGUGAUAUCUGCACUCUGCCGGAGGGUUGCGUCUCCCACGUGAUCUCUCUGACGUCGCCGGUCGAUUCUUGCCGGUCGGCGGCGGUCUGCACUACCUUCCGCUCCGCCGCCGUGUCCGACACCGUGUGGGAGCGCUUCCUACCGCCCGAUUACCGGUCGAUCCUGUCGCGGGCCGUCCAUCCGUUGGAGUACUCGUCCAGGAAGGAGCUCUUCGUCCGCCUUUGCGAACCCAUCCUCAUCGACGACGGCAACAUGAGUUUCUCAUUGGAGAAAUCGAACGGUGCAAAGUGCUACAUGCUGUCUGCCAGACAGCUGUGUAUUGUAUGGGGGGAUACUCCCGAGUAUUGGAGGUGGCAUCCUCUACCCGAUUCCAGGUUUUCAGAGGUUGCUGAGCUCGUAGACGUUUGCUGGUUGGAGAUCCGAGGCAAAAUUGAAAGCAGCAUACUUACUCCUAAAACAACCUAUGCCGCCUAUUUCAUAUUCAAAGUAGCUCAGAAUUCACGAGGUCUGGGCUUUGUGAAUCAGGAAACAACAGUGAAACUGGGAGCCCAGGUGUGCACACAUACUGUGAAUGUACAACCCAUUGUUGCUGAGAGACAGAGGAAAAGACAUCGUCGGCAUUUCCUGAAUCUGAUUUGGGAUGCCAUGCUGGAGGGGCAUGCUGAUGCGGAUGAAAACAAGCGUGCAGCUAGAGCCCCUCAGGCAAGGGCUGAUGGUUGGAUGGAGAUGGAGAUGGGGGAAUUCUACAAUGAUGAGGGUGAGGAUGGGGAAGUGGAAAUGAGUUUGAUGGAGCUGAAAGGAGGGCAUUGGAAGUCUGGACUCAUCAUCCAAGGCAUUGAGAUGAGGCCUAAGAAGUAGGCACGAUAGCUUUUAUGUGUGGGCGUCUGGAUUGCCUUGGCUGCUGUAAGUAGAUUAGUAAUUAUAAAUAAACAAGAAAUGUUGUAUGCUUUGCAGCUUUGGACAUUCUCAAACAACUAAUGGAAACUUUUAGUUCCUGUGUGUCUUGCAGUGUA